UGUUUACAGAUUAAAAAAAAUAUACAGUAUUCUAACUAACCUUAACGUAUCAAUUUUCCAACCUAUCAAGUUUAACUUCCAGAAAGUGAUGUUUUAAAUUUUGGCUCGGGAUUUUUCGGAAAGUGUAAAAAGCGUGUUUAUUAGCUAUUUAAUUAAGAACGAAAGUUAUAGAAGAAAUCAUGAACUUUUCUCUAGAAAUUUUUAUAAAAUCUCUCCACCAUAUGUUACAUUUGACACAAAAUAUUUUACAAUAUGAACUAUUAAAAAUUCUUCAACUCAGUUGGUAUUUGCUAUUUCGGUAUAAUUAAGUUUUUAACAACUGACAUCAAUAACUCAAUUCCAGACACUGUUGACUGUUGGUCCAUUACGGAGGAGAAUAAAUUAAUGAAAUCUUGGAUUGUAUGUUAGCAUCUUAUGUAAUGUCUAUGAACAACUGCAAGAGUGCUGUAGUGGACUUUUUCGUAAAUCGCAAACACAUCUCCGCCAGGUAGUGAUUAGUUUUCGCAAUCGGAAGAUUUCAUUGGCGCAUCAGAAUGAUCCUGCAAAGGCAUGGCUAUGAGAACAAGAACAACCAGAUGAACACGGGAGACUAUCGUUUCGAGAAGAAGGUGAAGUUGAUGGACGUUGAGGAAUGGCGGAAGUUGAUAUCCGGCAAGUAUCUCAACAGAAUAUCUAAUAAAUACGACAGUGUAGAUUUGAAGGGACUGGACUUGAUUGGAGAGGAUGCGGAGCGAAUGAGUUGUCAAAAGAGGUUCUCUCUGGUACUGAAGAGUACCAGCAGAGCUGGUACCACUUGCGGAAGACUCCGCAACGAAGUGGCCAUCUCAGCCGCUUCCGAUCUGGAAGGAGUAGCCAAGGGCAUCCUGACCACCUCUGGUCAGGACACUAACUUCCAACUCACCCUCAAAGAUGGAAAGGGAAAUUCGCUCACCCUGGCAUGGACUCACAUCGACCCCGAAGAGACGGAGGCACGGCAGAAUAAGAAGAAGGAUUCGAGGAUGAAAGUCGAUGAAGGGAUUGCUAAGAAGAGACAGCUCGUCGAAGGAGACUUCAAGCAAUGGUUGGUCACCAAACUUGCCAAGACUGGUACUUCUUGAGCGGAACCGGAAAGGAUUCUUUAUAUUACUUUACAAGAACUGACAAUCUUAUGAAGAAUCGAUAUCAGACCUAACUGGAAGUUCGAUUUUGCGAAAAUAUUUUUUUUCAUUCGAAAAGGAAACCGAUUUUGAAGACUGAAUCCGACUGAUCGGCACGUUAAAAAGUAUCGCCUAACACACAAAAAUCUCGUUUGAUAAUAGUUUAGUAAUACUCUAAAUAAACAAUAUGUUGCUAGUAAAUGUAACUCCAUUUUUGUGUAAUUAUUUCCAUGAUUUGUAUUUGUUUUAAACAAUAAGCAUAUAACGAUAUACAAUAAUAACCCUAUAUAGCAAUUGAAAUUACUACUAACAAUGUGCAUCGCGAUCAAUUAUGUCAAAACAUUAAUGUUACAAUUUUGAAAAUAAUUAAAUGGAAGGUUGCAAAAAGAAGAGGUUAUAAUUUCACUAUGCCCUGAAUUAUAUCAGGAUCCUUCAGUUUAUACUUACUACUUAAAUACAUU